AUGUACUGUCUGGGGCUCUCCUUAGUGAAGGGAUCGGAACAACAACAGAGCAAACUGCAGGGCAUAGCUUUUAUACCUAAGGAGGCUGUGGAAGAUGAGAUCUUUGAGAUAGAGAAGGGAAAUGUGUCACCUGUCGACUUGGCUUUUACUCCCGAGAGAAGACACCAAGCACUGACAAUCGCUAUGCCGCUAGCAGCUCUUCAUCCCCAUCUGCAGCACAAGUGUUUACCCGCGAUGCCUGGGGUGAAGAGGGAGAGCGCCGACAGUGGUCUCAAAUGUUCUCCUUCUCCCUCGUCGCUCCAAGCCGUCGUAGCUUCUUCCCUUUACACACCUUCCAUUCCACUUUAA